AUUCGAGCAGCAUCGUCACCCAGAGCCAAGCAGCUAGCUAGUAGCGGCCGGCAGCAUCGCGUAGUAGAGUGUGCUAGCUCAGAGCAGCGCGCAGCUUCCACCCUGCGCGCGCAUAUAUGGGACCCUUGGGCCCCACCGUGAGCUUCAGCAUCAUGGUCAUGGCCAAGCUCAGCGGCGCCGCCCAGCAGCAGCCCGAGGAUGAGAGGGAGAGGAAGGAGGGCGUCAGGUGCGGCGGCGUCGGCGGGUGCGGCUUCCGGAUGCCGCUGCACUACCCGCGCUACAAGAAGGCGGACUACGAGGCCAUGCCCGAGUGGCGCGUCGACUGCCUGCUCCGCGAGUACGGCCUCCCCGCCGACGGCGACCUCGACAGCAAGCGCCGCUUCGCCAUGGGCGCCUUCCUCUGGCCCGACCAGUACUGAUCUGAUACAACCAAACAAGCUAGCUAGCUAGCCCAAGCCCAGAGCGCGGCGUGCCGGCCGUGAAUAGUCUCGUCAUGUUCAGAGCAUCAGCUGUAGCGAUCGAGACCUAAAUCAUCAUCGUGCAUAUGCCAUAUGCUCUCUUGUUAUUUAUAAGUUACCAUCUGCUUGUAGUUGUAUAGUAUAGCUAAUUAUUAGCUAUGGAAUAAUUAAGAGAUGUUUAUGGGA